GUUGGUGCGCUUCAGUCGGCUUUCUGUUUUGCUGUUAGUUUUGUUUCUCAGCUUUUCUUGUCGGUGUCGUCGGUUCAGUCGUUGCUGAAGCGUGGAUUAUUUCGAUUGUUGCGGUUGUUGUGCAAGUGCAAGGCAAGUCACGUACCCGUACCCGUACCUGCCGUUACAGUAAAUAAACCAACAAAAAUAUACAAAUCAAUGUAACAAAUAAUUUACCAUUGAUGCGGCGAUCGUUGAUUGAUUAACACAUCACUCACAUACACAAACACACACACACAUACACACUGCACUGUUCUGUGUGGGUGUGCAUCAUCAUCUGGCCAAAAAUAAACGUUUAUAAUAAUAAAAAGUGCCGCGCGAAUUUUAUCGUGUGUCGGAGUCCACCGCCAAACAAGUAAACCCACCCGCCACGGCCGCGCGUGCGUGUUGUAACUUUUGAUUAGCUUCGGAGUCGGAUCGGAUCUGAGGCUUCUUCCACUCCAGUGCACCUCCUUGGAACAUUGCGCUGCUUGCGUUUUUCAUAAGUUAUCGCCGCCUACAUCUCGUCGUUUCUUUUUGUUGUGGUUCUGACGGAGGAGCUGAGAUGUGUGGCCCUACCAUCGCUGUGGACCCGCAGAUGUGCUGAUCACACAAAUAUUUUAUUAUAUAAUAAUACCGCCAAAAUCUCCGUGCAAAAUCAAACAUUCCACAAAAGAAGACAAGGCGCAGAGAGAGAGAAAGAGAGAGAGGAAAUUCAAUAGAAACUCCCCGACAAUCGCCAGAAAUUAUAAAGAAAUCAAUUAUACCAACACAAAAUGUCUAUAAAUAGGGGGAAAGAUCCCCAGCCGGAGCCGCAAUCGAAGCACCGCUCCAGCAGCCCCGCCCUGAAGGGAAUCGCUUGGAGCACUUUGCUGGCGGUGCUCGCCGCCUGGUGUUGCCUCGAGAUGGCCGAGGCACACGUGGGCCUCACCUACCCACCAGCACGUCAAUACGAUCUGGACUUUCUGGACAAUUCGCGGACCAAGGCGCCGUGCGGCAUGCCCAAAGGCUCCAUCCGCACCUCGCUGCUGUCCGGCUCGAUGUUCAAUGUCACCUGGCACCUGGCCUAUCCACACAAGGGCGGCUUUCGGCUGCAACUGCUGGAUGCCCUUGAUCGGCCCGUUCUCGACCUGACGCCGCACGUCAACAACUCGGAGUUUGUGCGCACGGACGUCACCGCCCAGGCGUAUCCCGUGAACUUACCCAAGGACUUUGAGUGCUUCAACUGCACCCUGCGUCUGCUGCGGCAGGCCGACGAGUGGUCCAACAGCUACCGGUUCUGGUCGUGCGCCGACGUGGACAUCAAGCAGCGGAAGGACUUCAAGGAGACGUGCUCCGGUCACGGCAAGUACUUCCCCUCGCGCUGCAAGUGCGAAAAGAAUUACUACGGAGCCCAAUGCCAGUACCGGGAUGAGUGCGUCGCCGACUCCGACUGCGGCGUCCAGGGAAAGUGCAUUGACCUCGGUGGCACCUCGCUGCCCCGCCGACAGUGCUACUGCAACUUCGGCUGGUUCGGGCUGGGCUGCAACAAGCGAUCGCCCUACAAGAGCACCGACCUCGACCUCUCCUCCUACACCAAGAAGGAGCUCUCGGCCGACUACCACGUCUACUGGCGGCUGCUGGAGGAGCAGAAGGAGAUCGAGGUGGUGCUCAAGGUGAACGGCACCUCAUGGGCCGGUUUCGGCUGGCGCCCGCGCGGCCUUACCCCAGAGUGCAAGAACUUUCCGCUCAUACGGGACAUCGGGGAUCUGACCACGACUCUGGAACCGAAAAGUGAGCCGGAACCGAAGAGCGAACCGGAACCGAAGAGCGAACCGGAACCUAAGAGUGAACCAGAACCUAAGAGCGAACCGGAACCGAAGAGCGAACCGGAACCGAAGAGCGAACCGGAACCUAAGAGCGAACCAGAACCUAAGAGCGAACCGGAACCGAAGAGCGAACCGGAACCUAAGAGUGAACCAGAACCUAAGAGCGAACCGGAACCGAAGAGCGAACCAGAACCUAAGAGUGAACCGGAACCUAAGAGUGAACCAGAACCGAAGAGCGAACCGGAACCUAAGAGUGAACCGGAACCGAAGAGCGAACCGGAACCUAAGAGCGAACCGGAACCUAAGAGCGAACCGGAACCUACAAGUGAACCAGAACCUAAGAGUGAACCGGAACCUAAGAGUGAACCGGAACCGAAGAGCGAACCAGAACCUAAGAGUGAACCGGAACCUAAGAGCGAACCGGAACCUAAGAGCGAACCGGAACCUACAAGUGAACCAGAACCUAAGAGUGAACCAGAACCGAAGAGCGAACCGGAACCUAAGAGCGAACCGGAACCUACAAGUGAACCGGAACCUAAGAGCGAACCGGAACCUACAAGUGAACCAGAACCUGCAAGCACACCGGAACCGGAAGCGAAGAGUGUGGCUGAGCCACAGAGUUCAAAGACCAAAAGAGUCGCCGGAGAUUAUGCCCAGAUGGACGGAGUCAGCUCUGUCGCCACUAGCGUCUCCUACCGCGUCAGCAGCAACGCAAAGCGCAGCCGCCGCGAGGCGACAGAAGCGCCCAAGAACCGCCUGAACCCGUACACGCCGAUCCACGACUUCAAUCCCAUGGACUGCACGGACAUUGUGAUUGGCGCGGCCCGUGGAAUGGCCAGUCGAGUCGGAGACUACUACACGCGGGACCGAUCGACCCCGCGCAGCGACGAGUUCUACGGCGGAAAGUCGAACCUGGCCCUGGCCACUGGCUUCGAAGAGAACGGCGUGACGACCAUCAUAUUCCGGAAGAAGCUGGUGGCCACGGAGCCCACGGACCACACCCUGGACGACGCGCUAACCCAUGUGAUCUGGGCCAAGGGCCAGGAGCCGGGCAGCUAUGUGCACGUCCCAGCCUCUGGGCUGGAGACGCAGUCCGCCACGGUGAAGGACUUCUACCAGCCGGACGAGCUGAAGUACCACGGCCACAAGAUGCAGCGCGGCUUCACCCAGAUCAAUUUCUUUGAGAAAGAGAAGGCCGCCGCCAGUGCGGACCGGACAGAUCUGACCACGAAUGUGCUGGACAACGAUUGCUACGGCCACUGGAAGUAUCCGUCCAACUGCUCGCCCCAGGAGCACACCUGCGAGUACUACGCCGCUUGGGAAACGGUCGGGCGCGGCGACGAGAUGCGCUGGCACAUUGAGACGUCGAACACGGAGACCUGGACGGGCAUCGGCUUCAGCGAGGAUCAGCGCAUGUCGCAGACCGACGCCAUCAUCGGCUGGGUGGACAAGCGCAACGGCCGACCCUUCCUGAUGGACACGUGGGUGCUGGGCUACGCCCCGCCCAAGCUGGACGAUCGCCAGGACAUCUACAAUGCCUCGGGACGCAUUGACAAGGGCGUCACGAUCCUGGAGUUCAACCGGAAGCGCGUGAGCAAUGAUGAGCAGGACCUGUCCUUCACAGACGAACACUGCCUCUAUCUGUUCUUCCCCGUCCUGGGUGGCGCCUUCAACGUGGUCAACAAGAAGAUCCGCAAGCACGAGCAGGUGCCGCCAGUCUCCUCGCGCCGCGUGUGCAUCAAAUCCUGCGGCAAAGAACUGGAGGCUGUGUUUGUUGGCACCAGUACGCCGGCCCCCAGCCGCCUGGUCUACGCCGUGGGCGUGAAGUUGAUGAACCUGGGCGAGUCGUACGAAGCACCAAAGGCGGGCACCGUGGAGUUCAACAACCUGGCAGCCACCAUCUCGGACUCCUUCAACGGCAUCCUAAGUCCCCUUCCCGGAUACUACAAGACGGAGAUUCUGGGCUUUGAAAAGGAGGGCAGCACGAUGGUCGCCAAGGUGCAGGCCAUGUUCGACAAGGCGGAUGUGGAGAAGAUGCACGACCUGGAGAACAAUACGGUGGAGAAGAGCGGCGAAGGAGCCGCCCAGAAGAACGCCGAUGUGAUCCGCGCGGCGCUGCAGGAUCAGAUAGCCACCGGCCGCGUGGGCUCUCUGACGGUCGAUCCGCAGUAUCUUGACUUUGAGGCCUUGGAAUACAAGAGCACCACCGAACCGAACGCCAAGGAGACACUGCUCUCCUUCUUCGACCUGUCCGAGACGCGCCUGUACAUAGUGCUCGGUCUGAUAGCGGCCCUGGUGCUCAUCGCUUUGAUCCAGGCCUUCUGCACCAUUUGGAAGACGUCACGCAAGAGCAAGAACACCAAGGAGAAACUCAUCCAGAACUCGCCCUGGAAGGAGUUCGCCUCGAACACCAACUACGCCUUCGAUCCCUACGGCGAGACGGAGGAGAAGCACAUGACGAGUGCCAGCACGGCGGGCAAGGAGAAGGCGCGCCACCGAAAUCAGUCCACCAGCAGCAGCCAGCAGACCACACUGCCCAUGUCCCACUCGCCCACCAGCAAGUCCCAGAUGUACUACGAGAGCACCAAUGGCCAGGGCAAGGGCAGCAAUGGAAAUAGCAAUGGGAACGGCAAUGGCAACGGCAACGGCAGCCGCUCCUCCAAUGGCCGCCAAGAGAGCAGCGCUGGAGGCGCACCCGCGGCCUAUUCACGCAGCUCGUACGCAGAGCGGGCCUACUCCCUGCCCCGACAGACGCACCACUACCAACAGAACGCGACCAGCAUGCAGCCGUCGGGCUACUACACCCACGAUCGUCGCACCGCCCGCCAGGGCAGCCGGGACAGGGAGAGGGAAGAGGAGCGGCGUCACCGUCAGGAGCGGGAUCGGGACGCGGGCUACGAUCGGUCGCGCGACGACCCCCGUCAGAACGGUGGCUCGGACACACCCGACUUUUACUUCAUGCCCUCCCAGCGCAAGUACUCCGGGGAAGUGGUUCGCGUUUAUGUGGAUUACAACAAGGAUCCGAAGCACUAAUCGUGCCCUCCCCAGAGGUGGCCCACUCGUAGCGAUUUAUUUAAAACUCGUUUUAAGUUCUUAACCUCUAACAUCUCUUCGCCUGUGUCCUUCCCUUCCCCUUCCAUAAUGGUCUGUCUCUGUCCCUUCUUUGUCCACUCUCCCUCUCGUGCUCUAUCUCGUUUCGAUUUUGCCAUAAAGCAGUUCCACUGCAAGCGCUUGGGGACAGGGGACCGAUAAAGAUGGCCGAUACGCUCCCCAGGACGGGACGGCGUUAGCUCCAGGUGCGCAAGCUUUACAAUUAACGCACAACGCAUGAUCCACAAUUAGUGAAUUGUAAAUAUAUUGCAUAGAUAUUAAUGGUCUAAACAAACUCCACACCACACAAAUUAUUCAAGCAAAUCCAGCAUUGUACUGUAAUUAGGUACUCGUACAUGCACGUUCAUUGAGAAUGUUUCCGCAUUGUCUUCUCUUAAAUGUGCAAAGAAAAAUAGUCACUGUAUUUAAUCAAAUUAAAUAUAUGCAUUAAGUAAAGUACAUUUAAAUAAAGUUAAGUACAAAAAAUAC